AUGAAAACUCACAAAACUAUUCAGCAGCAGCCUUCUUCGGCCUUGUCCCUAUCGCCAAAGUGGCUACAAAUGUACGACUCAUUCAUAACCAAAAAUCAAUCUUCUAUCACAUCAAUCGAAUCCGCCUUACAAUCCCUUACCUAUAUGAUACCUGGUCGCUUUCGUGAUGCUGAACUGGCGUCAGAAUCACUUCACUGUUCCAUCCAAUUACUGUCCAUGUAUCACGAUACGGUCCUACUACGCUCAUCAAAAAAGUCAUCAGGGUUAUCAAAUAUUCAAUCAUUGCACAAUCGCUAUACUAAGUAUUGGACUCAGCGCUCACGUCCAUAUCGUCAGGUUGCUCUUCUUCUGAGUAUAAUCCGAUACACUGAGCUACUAUGGGAAAUGAUAGCCAAACGUCGAGGAGAACGAGUGCGCUGGCGCGUCGUAGUAAUGAUCGAGGCAAUUAAGGCAUGUUGCAGACUUUUCCUCCUACGAACGACCAAUUCGCGACCCAUUGUUAAUCCCAUCUUACCAGCGCGCGAAACUAUUUCAGAGGCUAGUCUCUUCACUGAGGAUGGCUCUGAUGAGGUAGCCGAAUAUGGGCAGCUGGCGGUUGAGAAGGAAUACCAUAUGAAGCGAACAGGCCUACAUCUUCCCAUGCUACCAAAUUCUGCCGAUAUCUCAGGCUAUCUUACUUCUAGGGUCCUCACUGCCGAUAACAUCAAGGCACCAGAAACACUUUUAAACCAAGUCUACGGCUCAGCUCAUCUUGCUGAAUGCUUGUACAUUAUACAACCACUAAUAUACUCUAUCGCCAGGUCUCGAUGCCGGAACAAGAAGAGUUGGCAACCCUGGCUACUCGGCUUUAGCUUAGAAUGCGCCGCGCGCCAGAUACGGAAAAAUGGCGUUAAUCUUACAACGCUUGAGCGGGAACAGUGGGGCAAGAGAAGCUGGGCCAUGGCCUGGUGGUUGAUGCGUGGUGCCUUUUAUGAAAAUAUUAUGCGCAACUUCUUGCAUCGCACCUCACAACGCUUACCAGGCCUACUCCUGGGUGUGCUUGAGGACUACAUAUAUCUGUGGGAUGAAUAUUAUUUUAGUACAAGCUCCAACUAA